AUGACAAAUGCGCAGGCUAGGAGGGGAGAGGCCGUCGGUUCUCAGGCACUAAAUUUACCUCCGACACGGAACAUUACUCUCCUCUCGCGCCAGGAUAUAGAAAGCCUCAUUGCCAGUGGGAAGCAUAUUGUCAUAUUCGAUGGCAGGGUUUUGAAAGUCGAUGCCUGGCUGCAGUUUCAUCCUGGCGGUGAAAAGGCUAUCAAGCAUAUGAUCGGAAGAGACGCCACAGAUGAAAUUAACGCACUGCAUUCUCACGAAGCGCGUGAACGAAUGAAAUUGUUCCAGAUUGGUCGAAUUGAAGGGCAGUGGCUCAAUUUCCUACCACCAAUCCAAGGAGGAGUAUUCCGUUGCUCCAAAUCAGAACAUUUAGCUCCCAAUGAGGUUGCGGAUUCCCAAUCGUCCGCACAAGAUAGCUCGUACCCCCCUUCUCCACUAUUUGAAGCAAUUGACAGUGAUAAAUCAUUGAGAAAACGGCCAUCCAGUACAACUUCACUUUCUUCCGCCACCUUCACUCCCCCUCAGCCAGAGUACAAAGACUCAAAGCCGCUCAUUCUUGAUGCGCAAACCCGGGCAGAGAUAGCUUUCGAUGUUGCGAAAUACCCUCCCCUCGAUCCAGAACACCAAACCUACAUUGCUAAGAAAUAUCGCGAAUUAAAUAGGCGCAUCCAAGCCGAAGGAUUAUACGACUGCAAUUACCUUGCGUACCUAGUGGAACUAUCCCGCUACUCCAUCUUAUUUGGGCUUUUUCUUUUCCUCCUUCGCUAUGGUUGGUACGGCGCGUCUGGUUUCUUUCUCGGAUGUAUGUGGCAUCAACUCGUAUUUACUGCUCAUGAUGCUGGCCACAUGGGUAUUACCCAUCAUUUUCAUACGGACACCGUUAUUGGAAUAAUUGUUGCGGAUUUUAUUGGCGGCUUAAGUCUUGGAUGGUGGAAACGAAGCCAUAACGUGCACCAUAUUGUCACGAAUUCACCCGAACAUGAUCCCGAUAUUGAACACCUGCCGUUUUUCGCUGUCUCCCACCGUUUUUUUAGUAGCCUUCGAAGCACAUAUUAUGAUCGUAUCAUGAAGUAUGAUGGCGCUGCUCGAUAUCUUACACGCUACCAGAACUACCUAUACUAUCCCGUUCUACUCUUCGGGCGGUUUAAUCUUUAUCGUCUUAGUUGGGAAUAUUUAUUCUUUGGGGGUGCCCCUAGAAAAGGGCCAGCCUGGUGGCAUCGCUGGUUUGAAAUUGUCGGCCAAAUCUUUUUCUGGGUCUGGUUCGGAUAUGGGGUGGUGUUUCUGGGCAUUCCAGAUUGGCGUAAUCGUUGUCUUUUUGUUAUGGUGAGCCACAUGGUUACGGCACCCCUCCAUGUCCAAAUCACACUUUCCCACUUCGCAAUGUCCACCGCCGACUUGGGCGUCAACGAAUCUUUUGCGCAAAAAAUGCUUCGAACUACCAUGGAUGUCGACUGCCCCCCUUGGUUGGAUUUUUUUCAUGGUGGCCUUCAGUUUCAAGCAAUUCAUCACCUGUACCCCCGUAUUCCGCGCCACAAUCUGCGUCGAACACAACAAUUGGUGAAGGAAUUCUGUAAAGAGGUGGCGAUUCCGUAUGCGAUAUUCACCUUUUUUGAUGGGAAUAAGGAAGUGAUAGGGCAUUUGGGUGAUGUCGCCAACCAAGCUCGAAUGUUGGCCGAGUGUCAAAAGAAUGUGAUACAACAAAACUUUUUUUUACCACAUCAUUCCUGA